CAGAGUGAUUUUUCUAAAUGGGCAUCUGAUCACGUCACUUUUUUCUGCAGAAUCUUUCAGAACCUCUGAUCACGUCAUUCUUUUCUUCAGAGUCUUUCAGGGGGUUCCUCAUCACUGAAUGGAUAAAAUGGAAGCUCCUUCGCAAACCAUAGUUGUGUGCUAGAAUAGCAUAAUCAUGUUUCGGAAUAGUCUCAAGAUGCUUCUUACUGGUGGGAAAUCAAGUCGUAAAAACAGAUCAAGUGAUGGAGGGAGCGAGGAACCACCGGAUCGGAGACAGUCAAGUGUAGACUCGCGCCAAAGCCGCUCUGGGCAAGGUGGCAUCUCCACAGAAAGCGACUGUGCUUUUGAGCCAGACUAUGCUGUCCCACCACUUCCAGUGAGUGAAGGUAUGCAGCACAUUCGGAUUAUGGAGGGCAUGUCUCGCUCUCUUCCAUCCUCCCCCUUACUCACACAUCAGUCUAUCAGUGUUCGGCUCCAACCUGUGAAGAAGUUAACUGCCCCUCUGAGGAAGGCAAAGUUUGUUGAGAGCCCACGAAUUCCAGAGUCCGAGCUUGGCUCACCAACCCUCACUUCAGCUCAGAAGCUGGACGUGGAUGCAUACUGCCCUGGUGAUACUGAACAGGAACUUGGCCCCCCUCCAUCUGUAGAUGAAGCAGCAAACACACUCAUGACUCGUCUGGGUUUCCUCCUUGGAGAGAAAGUCACAGAAGUUCAGCCAGGGGACCAAUACAGCAUGGAAGUACAGGAUGAAAAUCAGACCUCAGCAAUCACCCAGCGGAUAAGUCCCUGUUCCACCCUGACUAGCAGUACUGCCUCUCCACCAGCCAGUAGCCCCUGCUCUACCCUCCCACCGGUCAGUACAACUGCAACUGCCAAGGAUUGCAGCUAUGGGGCUGUUACUAGUCCAACCUCCACACUUGAAAGCAGAGAUAGUGGCAUCAUUGCUACCUUGACAAGUUAUUCUGAAAACGUGGAACGCACAAAAUAUGUUGGGGAAAGCAGUAAGGAAUUAGGAUCUGGAGGAAACCUGAAACCUUGGCAGUCUCAAAAAUCCAGCAUGGACUCCUGUUUGUAUCGAGUGGAUGAAAACAUAACUGCUUCCACCUAUAGUCUAAAUAAGAUCCCAGAGAGGAAUUUGGAAACAGUUCUGUCUCAGUCAGUACAGUCAAUUCCUUUAUAUCUUAUGCCACGGCCAAAUUCAGUAGCAGCUACCAGCUCUGCCCACUUGGAGGACCUUGCUUACCUGGAUGAGCAGAGACAUACACCUUUGAGAACUUCUCUUCGAAUGCCAAGGCAGAGUAUGGGCGGUGUUCGCACACAGCAGGAUUUAAGAGUUCGCUUUGCACCUUAUAGGCCUCCAGAUAUCUCCCUGAAGCCUCUGCUCUUUGAAGUACCCAGCAUCACUACAGAGUCUGUGUUUGUUGGCCGGGAUUGGGUUUUCCAUGAAAUAGAUGCUCAACUUCAAAGUUCAAAUGCCAGCGUGAACCAAGGAGUAGUAAUUGUGGGAAACAUUGGGUUUGGCAAAACUGCCAUCAUCUCCAGACUGGUGGCCCUCAGCUGCCAUGGUACAAGGAUGAGACAGAUCGCCUCAGACAGCCCACAUGCCUCCCCCAAACAUAUAGAUGCCAACAGAGAGCUCCCACUCACACAGCCACCUUCAGCCCUCUCGUCUAUCACCAGUGGCAGCUGCCCAGGAACACCUGAAAUGCGCAGGCGGCAAGAAGAGGCCAUGCGAAGACUAGCUUCACAGGUGGUUGCCUAUCACUAUUGCCAAGCAGAUAAUGCCUAUACCUGUCUGGUACCAGAAUUCGUCCACAACGUUGCUGCCCUCCUCUGCCGCUCACCUCAGCUGACAGCCUAUCGGGAGCAGCUUCUUCGGGAGCCUCACCUGCAGAGCAUGCUAAGCCUGCGGUCCUGUGUUCAAGACCCCAUGGCCUCCUUCCGGAGGGGAGUCCUAGAGCCCCUGGAGAAUCUCCACAAAGAGAGAAAAAUACCAGAUGAAGAUUUCAUCAUUUUAAUUGAUGGAUUAAAUGAAGCAGAAUUUCACAAACCGGAUUAUGGGGAUACAAUUGUAUCAUUUCUGAGUAAAAUGAUUGGAAAAUUUCCUUCUUGGCUCAAACUAAUUGUAACAGUUAGGACCAGUUUACAGGAAAUUACCAAGCUGCUGCCUUUCCAUAGAAUUUUUUUGGAUCGCCUAGAAGAGAAUGAAGCCAUAGACCAGGACCUGCAGGCUUAUAUCCUGCACCGGAUACACAGCAGCUCAGAGAUCCAGAAUAACAUUUCACUAAAUGGCAAAAUGGACAACACUACCUUUGGCAAACUCAGUUCUCAUCUCAAGACCCUCAGUCAAGGGUCCUAUCUAUAUCUGAAACUCACAUUUGACCUUAUAGAAAAAGGCUAUCUAGUGUUAAAGAGCUCUAGCUACAAAGUAGUUCCUGUUUCGCUCUCAGAGGUUUAUUUACUCCAGUGCAAUAUGAAGUUCCCAACCCAGUCUUCCUUUGACCGAGUAAUGCCUCUCCUGAAUGUGGCAGUGGCCUCUCUCCACCCACUGACUGAUGAGCAUAUCUUCCAGGCCAUCAAUGCUGGUAGCAUUGAAGGCACACUAGAAUGGGAGGAUUUUCAGCAGAGAAUGGAGAACCUGUCCAUGUUCCUAAUCAAGCGCAGAGACAUGACUCGUAUGUUUGUACAUCCUUCUUUCCGAGAAUGGCUUAUCUGGAGAGAAGAAGGAGAGAAAACCAAAUUUCUGUGUGAUCCCAGGAGUGGUCACACAUUACUUGCCUUCUGGUUUUCCCGCCAAGAGGGAAAACUAAACCGGCAGCAGACUAUUGAACUGGGACAUCACAUCCUCAAAGCACACAUUUUUAAGGGUUUGAGUAAAAAAGUUGGUGUAUCAUCCUCUAUCCUCCAAGGUCUCUGGGUCUCCUAUAGCACAGAAGGUCUUUCCAUGGCGCUGGCAUCUUUACGAAAUCUUUACACUCCAAAUAUAAAGGUCAGCCGAUUGCUCAUUUUGGGAGGUGCCAAUAUUAAUUACCGGACAGAGGUUUUAAAUAAUGCUCCAAUUCUAUGCGUCCAGUCUCAUCUUGGUUAUACAGAAAUGGUGGCCCUGCUGUUAGAGUUUGGAGCCAACGUGGAUGCCUCUUCUGAAAGUGGCCUGACUCCUCUAGGAUAUGCCGCAGCAGCAGGGUACCUGAGCAUUGUGGUACUACUGUGCAAGAAACGGGCCAAGGUGGAUCACUUGGAUAAGAAUGGGCAGUGUGCUUUGGUUCAUGCUGCACUGCGAGGUCAUCUGGAGGUUGUCAAGUUUUUAAUUCAGUGUGACUGGACAAUGGCUGGCCAACAGCAAGGAGUAUUUAAGAAGAGCCAUGCCAUCCAACAGGCCCUCAUUGCUGCGGCCAGCAUGGGUUACACUGAGAUUGUCUCCUACCUACUUGAUCUUCCAGAAAAAGAUGAAGAGGAAGUAGAACGUGCCCAGAUCAACAGCUUCGACAGUCUCUGGGGAGAGACAGCCCUAACAGCUGCAGCGGGAAGGGGCAAACUGGAGGUGUGCCGUCUGCUCUUGGAACAAGGGGCAGCAGUGGCCCAGCCAAACCGCCGAGGGGCAGUACCCCUGUUCAGCACUGUUCGUCAGGGCCACUGGCAGAUUGUCGAUCUUUUACUCACCCAUGGAGCUGAUGUCAACAUGGCAGACAAGCAGGGCCGUACUCCCCUGAUGAUGGCUGCUUCAGAAGGCCAUCUAGGAACUGUGGACUUUCUGCUUGCACAAGGUGCCUCCAUUGCUCUUAUGGACAAAGAAGGAUUGACAGCCCUCAGCUGGGCUUGUUUGAAGGGCCAUCUCUCAGUAGUACGUUCUCUGGUGGAUAAUGGAGCUGCCACAGACCAUGCUGACAAGAAUGGCCGCACUCCGCUGGAUCUGGCAGCUUUCUAUGGUGAUGCUGAGGUGGUCCAGUUCCUGGUAGAUCAUGGGGCCAUGAUCGAGCAUGUUGACUACAGCGGAAUGCGUCCUUUGGAUAGGGCAGUCGGAUGCCGGAACACUUCUGUCGUUGUCACUCUUCUAAAGAAAGGAGCCAAGAUAGGUUGUCAGACGUUACCGAGUCGCCCACGAGGUCCAGCCACAUGGGCGAUGGCCACCUCCAAACCAGACAUCAUGAUCAUCCUGUUGAGCAAGCUGAUGGAAGAGGGGGACAUGUUUUAUAAGAAAGGUAAAGUAAAGGAAGCUGCCCAGCGCUACCAGUACGCUCUGAAGAAGUUCCCUAGAGAAGGGUUUGGUGAGGACUUGAAAACCUUCCGGGAACUAAAGGUGUCUCUUCUCCUCAACCUCUCUCGAUGUCGCAGGAAAAUGAACGAUUUUGGAAUGGCGGAGGAAUUUGCUACUAAGGCCCUGGAGCUGAAACCGAAAUCUUAUGAAGCUUACUAUGCAAGAGCAAGGGCAAAACGCAGCAGCAGCAGACAGUUUGCAGCAGCCUUAGAGGACCUGAACGAGGCCAUCAAGCUAUGUCCAAACAACCGUGAGAUCCAGAGACUUCUGAUGAGAGUGGAAGAAGAAUGUAGACAGAUGCAGCAGCCACCACAGCCGCCGCAGCCGCCGCAGCCACAGCCUCCGGAGGAGCUCCCAGAAGAAACAGAACCUGAGCCGCAGCAUGAGGAUAUAUACUCUGUACAAGAUAUAUUUGAGGAGGAGUACCUGGAACAGGAUGUCGAAAAUGUUUCCAUUGGCCUGCAGACAGAGGCUCGGCCCAGUCAGGGGCUCCCAAUAAUCCAGAGUCCUCCAUCCUCUCCAGCCCAUCGGGACUCAGCCUACAUCUCUAGCUCACCUCUUGGCUCUCAUCAGGUUUUUGACUUCCGCUCCAGUAGUUCUGUAGGUUCUCCCACUAGGCAGGGCUACCAGUCCACCUCCCCUGCUCUUUCCCCAACGCAUCAGAACUCUCAUUACAGGCCUAGUCCACCACAUACUUCCCCAGCUCAUCAGAGUGGGUCUUACCGUUUUAGCCCCCCUCCUGUGGGAGGGCAGAGCAAAGAAUACCCAAGCCCUCCCCCUUCUCCUCUCCGUAGAGGCCCUCAGUAUCGGGCCAGCCCUCCAGCUGAAAGCAUGAGUGUCUAUAGAGCCCAGUCUGGUUCACCUAUACGCUAUCAGCAAGAAGCAAAUGUCAGUCAGCUUCCUGGCAGACCUAAAUCUCCAUUAUCCAAAAUGACUCAGCGGCCCUACCAGAUGCCUCAGCUCCCUGUGGCAGUUCCCCAGCAAGGGCUCAGGCUACAGCCCGCCAAGGCCCAGAUUGUGAGAAGUAACCAGCCCAGCUCAGCAGUUCAUUCAAGCACCAUAAUUCCCACCGGAGCCUAUGGCCAGGUUGCCCAUUCAAUGGGUAGUAAAUACCAGUCUUCCCAAGGAGACAUAGGAGUAAGUCAGAGCCGAUUGGUUUAUCAAGGGUCAAUUGGGGGAAUUGUUGGAGAUGGGAGACCAGUGCAGCAUGUCCAAGCCAGCCUGAGUGCAGGGGCCAUCUGUCAGCAUGGAGGGUUGACCAAAGAAGACCUUCCCCAGCGACCUUCCUCAGCAUAUCGAGGUGGAGUGAGAUACAGCCAGACGCCACAGAUUGGGCGUAGCCAGUCAGCAUCCUAUUACCCAGUCUGUCACUCAAAACUAGAUCUGGAACGGUCCUCCAGCCAACUAGGUUCCCCUGAUGUCUCACAUUUAAUCAGGAGACCUAUCAGUGUCAACCCUAAUGAAAUCAAGCCCCACCCACCAACUCCCAGGCCACUGCUGCACUCCCAAAGUGUAGGCCUUCGAUUCUCCCCAUCCAGCAAUAGUAUCUCAUCCACCUCCAACCUCGCUCCUUCCUUCCGGCCAUCUUCCUCAAUUCAGCAAAUGGAGAUCCCACUGAAACCGGCUUAUGAUAGGUCAUGUGAUGAGCUGUCACCAGUGUCUCCCACUCAAGGAGGUUACCCCAGUGAGCCCACCCGAUCCAGGACCACACCAUUCAUGGGGAUCAUAGAUAAAACAGCCCGGACUCAGCAGUACCCCCACCUUCACCAGCAGAAUCGGACCUGGGCAGUGUCAUCAGUAGAUACCGUUCUCAGUCCCACAUCUCCAGGCAACCUUCCUCAGCCCGAGUCCUUCAGUCCACCAUCAUCCAUCAGCAACAUUGCCUUUUAUAACAAAACCAACAAUGCACAGAAUGGCCAUUUGCUGGAGGACGAUUAUUACAGCCCCCAUGGGAUGCUGGCUAAUGGGUCUCGUGGAGACCUCUUGGAGAGAGUCAGCCAGGCCUCCUCCUAUCCUGAUGUAAAGGUGGCUCGGACCCUACCUGUGGCUCAGGCAUACCAGGACAACCUUUAUAGGCAGUUGUCCCGAGACUCUCGACAAGGGCAGACAUCCCCUAUCAAACCAAAGAGACCAUUUGUGGAGUCUAAUGUUUAAAAGACGUUUGUUGGAGUGAGACCCAUGUUUUCACUGCACAUUUUCAGGCUUGGUUUCCACAUUCGAGGUAGUUCUCCAGCUUAAUUUCUCAUGUAGUUCUGUGUGGUGUUCAGAGGUGGCAGCCCACAUGCUGAAAUCCUUUGCAUGCAGCCGACUGGGAAGCUGGCCUCCAGUGAGCCAGGACUUCGGUAUCUCUCGUCUGUGCCCCAGCCACAUGCUCUCUCCCUCUCUUCAGAUGCCAACGAGGAGAUUUUUUGCCGUGUGCUUUAACCCAGGGAGAUCAGACACACUGGUCAGCUUUUUCCAGGAGACAAUCGCUUUCACUGAUGUUCUUGUUGUAUAAAUGUCUUUUUCCUUUUUUAAAAAAGGAUGUUCUUGUUCGUUUGUUUCUAGGAAUUUUAGAAAGAGCGUGAUGCCCCUUUGCCUUCUUAGCCAGUGUCAUCCACAUAGGCAGCCCCAGUGCAUUCUUGUGCCAUGAUCCCCCCUCCAGACUGCCAGCUUCCUGCAGUCAUCAGGUCUAGAAUGUUCAUUUAGGAUUCCUGCUGGUCUUCCUAUGGGGUAAAAGGAUCAAAGAGAGAGAAAAGAAAUAAGUCUGCUAAAUUGGAAGAAAAACCCAAUAUAAUAUAAUUAUUUGAAAUGUCACUACAUUGUUUUUCCAGGAGGGAUUUUAGGAACAUUUAAAAAACAACUUGCUCUUAAAAUAUUUCAGUUAGCCAAGGAAAUUAGUUGAAAACUGUGGUUAUUUAAAAAUAAUUCCCUGGGAGUUAUUCUCUAGGUUUUUAAGCAACAAUUAACCACUAAAAGCUGACUUUCCAGAAGUGGGGGAAGGAAUAAAUGUAUAGAACUAGAAAGAUUGUUCUGGAUUGUCAAUGAAAGGUUAUAGGUCUAUCUUGGAGAAGUAUACUUUUCAGAUCCUGACACAUCACUAAGUAAGCAUCAUAUUUUAUACAAGGCAAAUUCUACCCAAAAGUUGAUUUGGUACAAUAAUUCUGUUAGUUGGAUCUUCACCUAAAGUCAGAUUUUGUUCUACUGGCCCUCUUUUUUUAAACCCAGAAGGUAUGGUAAAGAAAUCAGUUCUUUCAGAAGCAAAUUGGAUUCUCUUGGGACUAUAAGACUGAUUCCCAGAGUUGCGCCCAGAGUGUUGCAGUCCGUGCCAGUUAUCUGAUUCCAUUUUGAGAUCUAUACUUCCAUUAUCUAUUAUUACAGGAAUCGUUUCUUUUUCUAGGAGUAGUUAAGAUAUAUAAUAUUUAAAAUCAGACACAGCAAAAAGUGUUUCAGAGUGAAGAAAGACCCCUUUCAGCCCCAUUUUCUAGCCAUGGGUGAGGCAUGUGAUGAGACAACAGUUCUUGACCUGGUCACUCUCUACACAUCUUCUAGGUCUCAUGGUCAUUUGCUAACUUGAUUUUUGAGGGGUAGAGUCCACUAUUAAGUGGAUAACAGGAACACUGAAACCGCAGCCUUAGCACAGGCCUGGUACUGGCUGUUCAUCAGCUGUUAAAACUAAACAACUCACCCAACAAACUAAACAAAAGAGCAUUAGUUCUCUGUUAUUAGGAAUCAUUCUGCUCUUACUAGUAAAAGGCCACAGGGAGGGCAGUUUCCUGAAUAAAAAUCCAGCUGUGGCCAGACCCUUUUAUAAUAGUAAGUGACCUCUGAAGGGAACAUGAAGCUGAAAUCAGAAUUAUUUCUUUACUAAUUUAGAUUCUAUCUAGUAGAUGGACCCCUUCCCCCAUGCUCAAGCCUAAAACAGGCCAGGACUUGUCUCUUUGUGCUGGCAGCAAACAGCUGGGUUAACUCAAGACCCAGACUCUUUCCAUUCUCUCUGACGCUUAAAGACUGGCUCCUCCUCAGCUAGGCCAGGGUAGGUGUCAGUGUCCUCUCUCGGACACUCAUACACACCCAAGAACAUGGGAUGUUCAGCUAUCGCAUCAGCCUACAGCUGAGAGCCCAGAAGCCUCAGCUCCUUUUUUGGCCAGGUCUCAGCCCUGUUGUUCUCUUAGAAUCUUGUUCUUUUAUAACCACUUCUCACUGAGGAGCUGCUACAUUUCAAAGAAUUUCUCAGUGUCUGUUAGGAAAGUGCCCUGGCUUAUUUGGAAUUCCACACAUGCCACCUGCACUCAACUUGGCCAGGUGGGUAAGCAGGUCCUCUAGCUUUAUAAAUCUGCCACUGAUGCCACUUCUCCCCAAGGUCUCUCUCUUUUUCAAGACAAACAGGACAUUGAGGGUCUAUACCCUAUUAGGCAGAACUCCUAAAAUGUCAACAGUCAAAAUGCAAUUUUUUUUUUUUUGCCAGUUUAAGGGGGAGUGAAUAUCACUACUUGGUGCCAGUUGGUUUUAACUAGAAAAUGACUGAGGCUUAUUGGGGCAGGAGACACAGUUUUUCCUCACAGGCAGACUGCCUGUGCCCUGUUUGCUACUUCACUGCCAUGGAUGAUCUUAGUACUGUAUUUUAGAGAUGCCCCUUCCCCACCAACCAACACUUACUGAAUUAAUGUCUGGCUUCAGGUGAGGGGAAGUUUUUCAAAUCAAACUGGUAAGUUCCACUCACCCAGUUCACAUCACCCUGAAAUGGAGGACAGAGGUGACAAACUUCAGCUUAUAGGUUUCUCACCAAAUUGUAUGUUCCGUUUGCCCAGAAUUCUUGCACUAAUGGGUUUCUAUCACAUCAUGUCUAUAAAUGGGUGCACUUUACUGUUUGAAUUUGUAACUCUGAUAAAUAACUGGAUAUUUAAGUGUGAGUAAUGUCGUCAUUAGAAAAUAGCAGAACCACUCUUGUCUUUUAGUGUAUUUUUCAAGAAAAGGAAAAGAAAGAGAUCAAGCAGUGGAUCACAGCAUUUAUAGCACAAGAAAUAACUGUUGUAUAUAAGCAUCAAAAAAAUUAAGAAUUUUUUAAUACAAAAAAAAUAUUUGCAGUGAUUUUAAAGUGCUUUUCCAGCAAUUUUCUUAGGGACUCCUGAGACAUGGUUACUUUAUUUACUGGAUCAGUAAGGCACACAAUUAACAAUUAAAAAUUAAUGUUUAUUUACAAAGUAAAGGGAAAACCUGUGUAACAUGAGAAUUUGGCAUGGACAAGAUGGAGACCAUUUUGUAUCUGCUGUCGUAUCUUGUCCAGGUUGCAGAUGUGCACUAUUAAAGUCCCAAGUUAAUAGAGCACAAACCCUUCUUCCUCUCCCAUGUCCCCCUCUUUUUAGAUGUGUUUAACUUAAACUUGAUGGCUCAGGAAAAUUACAUUAAUUAGAAUCAUGUACAGUAUGCUAGCUUGUUGCCCAGAUAUACCAGUUUGCUAAUUUAGUUAAGCCUGGAUUAUUAAACACUUUUCCUAAAUUAUUGUAAACAACAGCUUAGAGAAAGGUGUUCUCAGUCCUUAUAUUGUAGUUUAUGAUCCCUUCUCUAAAUAUUGGUAUUUUUAUAUUCCAGAGAUGUACCCAAUAGAAAGAUUAAAAAUCAGUAUCUAAUAUCCCUAAGUAUUUUUCCUUAGAUUUUAGUCAUACACGGUGGGGUAUGUGGACGUCACCUGUGCUUCACCAUACUUGACCACUAGGUGUCACUGUGGCUCUGCACCACGUUUUUGUUGGGUUUUUUUUUUUUUUGUAGCAAAGAAUGGCAGCCGCUCCUGGGGCAGCAAGCAGGCUCAGGGGUUCAGGAAGAAGGGAACAGAGGCCUGGAAGGGGUCUUCGCGCAUCUGUGCCAGUUAUGGCAAGACAGACUCUGAACACUACAUACCUUGGACCUGCGGCCAGGCAGAGGCUGGGAGGUUGACUAGAACUCCCUUGCUCUGAUGUAUAGAUGGGGGUGUAGAGAGCCCUUUCCUCCCAUGAGCCUCUCUCCCCUCAGUUCCUCUCAGCCUCCAACUUUUAUUACUCCAGAGGUGUCACCGUUGAGUGGUUUGAUUCAAAUAUAGCUAUUUUUGUACCGCAGAAAUGCCUUGGACAAAACCAGUUGCUCACUGAAUCUUUACCACAAAAUGAAACAGGCUCCCCCAGGGGUCAGAUUAUUCCCUUCCCUAUGCCCAGCAACCUUGCCCACCCUGCCUGUCUGUCCCUGGGCUCUCCUGUCCCAUACUCAUUGGGAGGUGUGGCUUCUCCUUUUCCUCUAGGAAUUCCAGACCGACCAUCUACCGUGACUAACAGUGAACAAAGGGCUUAGGGGUAAGAGCUACCUACAAAGACGUGUCAUGGAAACCUUCACCAUGCAAUGCCUUGAACUCAGCUCUGGCUGCUCCCAAGAAAAGGUGGCUGUCUGGGGGCCUGGACACAAGCACAAUGGGGCUGGUGGAGCCACUGUGCAGAGCUACUUGAAUAAUCUCUCGGUCUUCAUCAACUCCUUUUAUAACAUAGACCACUCAAGGGCUGAAGUGUUGGUAACCUUCAUUUCGGUGUCCAACGCCUCACAGCAGCUGAGCCACCCUGAGAUGCUUGUGGCCAAAUGAUGGCCAGUCAGAGCUUUGAAAAUCAGUACCAAAUGAACGCGUAAUUGGACACCAAAAAUCAAGUGUUACUUUCAUGUUUCCUCACCCAUAUCAUCUCAUUUCUUCUGCUGGAUCUGUGGUACCUACACUAGGCUGACCUGCCAGGCUCUAGCUGGAUGCAAAUAGAUGCAGGCCAGUGCCAUUUUUUCAGAUAGACCUGCUGUGUGGGAAGGAAGUGCCCUAGCGGCUUUGUUUUUAUAACACUUGCUGGCUGAAUUUUUUUUCUUUCUUUCUAAUCACUAGCCAGAAAAUCUGGUUAGGGGCCUCAGCUUACUCCCGUUGGUCCCAGGACCAGACAAGAGUUAAUUUGGGAAAAUUCAGUACUUGAAUGUGCCUGCCUUAUUGUGUACUAAUUUACGGGGGUGGGGGUGGGGGGGUGGGUUUAGAGAUGCCGGCUCCAGAUCUCCACUUCACUCACAGGUUAUUUUGAAAUUCCUGUAAGUCACACUUCCUAGCCUGUUUUUGUUUUGUUGUUUCCUUUGGCUGAGUCCUGCUGAGUGGGGCCAGUUCCUUGUCAGGCUCAGGGCAGGUGCCAUUCUCAGGCAUGGCCUCCUUCCAUCUAGCACAGCGUCUCUGUCUCUGUUCCGUCUCCUCCAAAUCCAAGAUGAUUUUAAUUAGUACAGAUAUGUACAGUCUACAAUUAAGGAGUGAUUUGUACUAAUAUGAUUUUGAUUUUUCCUCCUCUUUGCUGUCCUUUCAAGACACUUGCUGGAAAAAGCUUUAAUGCACUUAGUUUUCCUUUAGGUUUUCUAUAACUCAGAUGUAAAGGACUUCUCUGUACAGUAUAUUAUUCAAUGCAUGUUUGUUCUCUAUUCUGAUAUAUUGAACACCACACAGUUGUGAACUCGUGCAGUGGGGAUGUCCCACACCCAACAGAGGCAUCUAGCCCCCUGUGUAUAAGGAAAGACAUUUUCCUUUGCUGUACUUGCUUGAGCAGUUUUAUUGUCUGUACAUGUGAGCUGUGUGAGAUAGAUGUGAAAAGUUCAAACGAAUGCAUUUUCCUGCCCCAUGUAUACAGAUCGUCAUCUGUACAAUGAACUGUAUGUAUGAAAGCAAAUGUACUUAUUUAUAAAUGGCUAACACUUGGAAAAA